GACUAUACGCCACACUGACACCCACACCCUAACCCCUACCUUUUCCCUUCUCCCCCUCCACAGCCAUUACAAAUACUCCCCCUCCCGUUCUGUCUUUCUCUAGUAAUUAAUCCCACCCGCUUUCCCUUUUCAUCUCCCUCUUCCUAUCUCCCUACAUGAGAGAGAGACGGGUAUAGUUUUCAAGAGAUGGGCAAGUAUAUGAGGAAGGCUAAAACGAGAAAUGAUGUAGCCGUGGUCGACUUGAGUUGUGGUGUCCGUACCCGAGCCAAAACCCUAGCUCUGAAGAAACAACAAGCCCUCAGAUUGCAUGCUUCCUCUGCCUCUCCUCCCCCCCCCUCGUCUCCCGCCGGCUACCUCCAGCUUCGCAGCCGCCGUCUUGAGAAGAAACCACCUCCAGUUCCAUCUUUCCAUCAUGGCUCGCCGAGAAGGCAGCAACAGAGACUGGGUGGUCUGAACAAUGACAAAUUGGGGCAGCAGGAAAGCCCUAGCCCUAUUUUGAAACCGAGUUCGCGGGUGGAUAAAGAUUCCGGGUCGAGUCAAGAGAGAGAAGGGGGGGAGAGUAAAGAGGUUGAAGAGAAUAAUAACAGCAAUAGUAAAGACUUGGGUUCUUUUGGAGAUAAUGUUUUGGACAUUGAAAGUAGAGAUAGGAGCACCAGGGAAUCCACUCCUUGCAAUUUAACAAGAGGCACAGAAGACACAACAACCCCUGGUUCUACUACUAAGCCUGCUAGCCCAACUGAAAGUAGCCGGAGAUUACAGAACUCAAUGCAAAGACGUAUCCCAACAACCCGUGAAAUGGAUGAGUUCUUUGGCCCAGCUGAAGAAGAGCAGCUAAGGCAAUUUACUGAGAAGUAUAACUUUGACCCUGUUAGUGACAAGCCGCUCCCUGGACGUUAUGAAUGGGAGAAAUUGGAUCCCUAGAAGACAUUAGCAUUCCAUCAGGACAUUUCCUGCAGACUGAUGAUUGAUCUUGUGCUUAGAACUUUAGAAGUAGCAGGAAUUAGUAGUAGUUCUACCGGUGGUGGUGUUAUUUCCUUUUUCCAUCACCUCUUCUUUUAGUUGUAAAGAAAGUAGGUUUGUGAAACAUGUGUAGGCUAAUGGUCUGUAACAUAACAGGGGGUUAUGAGUUACACAACAAAAUACAAACCAAGGUCCUAUGUCUAACAGAUCUUCUGAGAGGGGAAGUGAAGAAGAUGUAGAUUUAGGCUUCAUGCAAUUAGGUCAGUCUCUCUGGUACAGAAAUUUACUAGAUUUUCUUUUUCCCCUAGUACUGUAUUUUCCUCCCCUUAUUUGUCUAUACUUGUACUGAUGCAACUUCUAAAAACUACGUGGAAUAAGCAUGACCCUUUUCCCCUCUUUA